AUGGGCUACUUCUGGAGUUAUAUUAAGUACUUCCUCACUCAUCCAGUCCUCUUCGUAUACCAAAUCAUACAAUAUGUACUCGACUGGAUUCUCUCUCCAACACCUCCACCACCGCACCCGAACCUCGUGCGACCAAAAAUCGCUGUCAUCGGCGCAGGUCUAACAGGAGUAUCUGCUGCAUCACACAUUGUCGGCCAUGGUUUUGACUGUCGUAUCUUUGAAGCCGGGCCCAAGAAGAAUCUCGGCGGAAUCUGGAGCCGGGUCAACAAUACAUCUGGUCUACAAAUCCACUCGAUUAUGUAUCGGUUCCACCCUUCCGUACAUUGGAGUAAAGGAUAUCCGGAUCGCCAGCAGAUUGUUUCGCAAAUUACGGAACUUUGGAAACGCUAUGGUCUCGAGAGCAAGACCGAGUUCAAUACACGAGUUGAGAAGGUUUAUAAAGAUCCCCACGGGCGUUGGAUUAUCAACGAUCCCUCUCACGGACGUUUCGACGGUGUAAUCGCUGCCAUCGGUACUUGUGGUGACCCAAAGAUGCCUACGCUACCUGGUCAAGAGAACUUCGAGGGAGAAAUCUGGCACAGUUCGCAACUCGACGGUAAAGUCGCCAAAGGGAAGAAAGUUGCCAUUAUAGGUGGCGGCGCCUCCGCAGUUGAAGCUCUAGAAUUCGUUGCCAGCGCACAAGCCGAACAUACCAACGUACUCGCUCGGUCGGAGAAAUGGAUCAUCCCGCGCAACCCGUUCAUCGACAGUCUUCUUGCUCUCAACAUCUUCGGCAGCGAGACCAUUUUCAGUUGGAUUCCAGAGUACAUCCUUCGACUCUUCUUCUACCGUGAUCUCUACGACAUCUCCCCCGCACCCAACAGUGGAAAGGGGCUUUUCACCGAAACACCAAUGGUAAACGAUCAAGUCCUCGACCUCGUCCGCUCAGGCAAAGCGUCCUGGCUUCGCGGCGAUAUCAUGGGCUACGACGAAUCCGGCACCGGCAUCAAAUUCAACAAGCGCGCCCAAGGCGUCCCCAAGAACGGUCCGGGAUCCGAGAAACUGAUUGAAGCAGAUGUUGUCAUCAUGGCAACAGGAUACAAGCGGCCCAGCCUAGGCUUUCUUCCUGAUGAAGUUUUCAGCGAGCCGUACGACCCACCGAACUGGUACCUCCAAGUCUUCCCGCCUGAACACCCUUCCAUUUGCGCAAACAACUGCACAUAUGUCAACGCCAUCGGUACGGUUGGAAACUACCAUAUCGGUAUCUACACACGCUUCCUGCUCAUGUACCUCGUUGACCCUCUUGCUCGACCGCGCACUUGGUGGAUGAAGCGCUGGAUUGACAUGACGCGGUUCAUCAAGACGAGGGCCCCCGGUGGUGCCUUCGACUUCUUCACGUACUCUGAACUCAUCUAUUGGUUCCUGUUUACAAUCGUCAUUAAUCCGUUUAGGUGGAAGUGGGCGGCUUUCGUGCUGUGCGGUAUUGGGAAAGGAUUGCCGUUGAGCGUGGUUGAGCAAGAAGAUCGAGCGAGAAAUGGCUUGGGCAUGAGGCAUAUUUGGAGUAAUCAUGAUAAUGGGGAGGAUUAG